CCCAACUCUCUCCACUUUAAAUCCACUACCCACCCAACUCAAACUACUUAUCAACAAUGUCCUCCGGUGGUAAAGGAAAGGCCUCUUCCGAGACCAAGUCUUCUUCCCGAUCGUCCAAGGCCGGUCUUCAGUUCCCUGUCGGUCGUAUCCACCGUCUCUUGAAGAAAGGCAACUACGCCCAGCGAAUCGGUUCCGGUGCCCCCGUCUACCUUGCUGCCGUCCUUGAGUACCUCGCUGCCGAGAUCCUCGAGUUGGCCGGUAACGCUGCCCGAGACAACAAGAAGUCCCGUAUCGUGCCCCGACACUUGCAGCUCGCCGUCCGAAACGACGAAGAGCUCAACAAGCUCCUCGGCUCUGUUGUCAUCUCUCAGGGUGGUGUCCUUCCCCACAUCAUGGCCGAGCUCUUGCCCGUCAAGACCAAGGGAAAGGCCAAGGCUUCUCAGGAGGUUUAAGGUUGUGGUCUUUUUGUAGUUUUAUCUUGCCCUCUUUUAUACUUCGUUUUCGCUAGCUCUAUUUGACUCUGCCUACCAUGCAGCACUGUUAUCAC